UUUACCCGCCAAAUUUUAAAAAGAUACCAAGAAUAUGCCAAUCUGAUUUUAGGGUUCUUCGGCAGGGAUUUUGCGGGUCGCGGCUGCCGACCGAAGAGCCGCCAUGGCCUGGCACCCCAUCGCCGUCGCUCCGUGGCUAGGGUUCUCACUGGCGCCGCCGCCGCUCCGCAAUAUCCUAUGCGGCACCGGAUCCAUCGCUCGGCGAGGCAGAGGCAUCCUCGAUGAGCACGGGAGGCAGCAGGUCCGCGACACCGAUGCCCAGCAUCGGCGGGAGCUCCUCCCCGCCGCGGCGGCGGCGGCGGCGGACGAACACCCCGGGGCCAGGUGCAUACUCUCCACUCAUCCCUACAUCGGCUCCAAAGUACAGCCUUGCGAGCCGAUUGACGUCGCGAGGUGAGUCUGACAAUCCGGGGCCGGGCACUUACAAGCUCGGUUCCAUGCUCGGUGGCCCAUCCUACACGAUCAAGGGAAGAACCGAGCUUCACCAACGAGAGCAGACCCCCGGGCCCGGCGCCUAUAACCAGCUCUCGAGGCCGAGCUCUCCGGCAUUUUCUCUCUCGGGUAGGCUUCGCCGACAAGUGGGCGAGAACGUCCCUGGUCCCGGAUCUUACGAGCUGGGCAGCACGCUCGACACGCAGGGGAUUCGAAUCCAUGGCAAGCUCAAGACUCUGGGCAGGCCAGAGUCUCCCGGCCCGGGGGCGUAUGAUCCAAACUCGAGAACUGGAAGUCCAUCGCCACCUUCUUACUCCCUCGGCCCAAGGACUUUCUACGAGCACACAGAGGACACCCCAGGGCCGGGAGCUUAUGGUCGGGGAAAGGCAUCCAGUGGGCCUGCUUACAGCCUUUCUGGGAGGCUUGGAGACGGCGGUGCCAGGAACCAAAACCCGGGACCAGGAACCUACGAGCCCAACAUCAACUCGAGAAGCCCGUCACCUCCAUCCUACUCGCUCGGAUCCAGAGUGUUCUACGAGCAUUCCUCCGAGACUCCUGGGCCGGGAACUUACAGCCGGUCUCGGAGUCCCACUGGCCCCGCUUACAGCCUUUCUGGGAGGCUGUCCGAGACGAAGAGCGCGCAGAAUCCAGGCCCCGGCGCUUACGACCCGACUGGCAAGGUGGUGUACCGGGCACCACCGGCUUACUCGAUGGGAGGUCAGCUCCACUACGCUUACAACGAGAACACUCCAGGACCCGGGAGCUACAACAUCAAGUCCGGGGCGACGGGGCCAUCCUACUCUCUCUCGGGAGUUCUUGCCAAGCGGAGGCCCGAGCAGAGUCCCGGCCCGGGAGCCUACAGCGUCGCAGUUAUCUCCCUCGCGCCAGCUUACUCGCUCUCCGGGAGGCUUGAGCGCAAGUUGCGAGAGGACACUCCAGGCCCCGGCGCGUACUCGCUGGGGAGCUCCAUGGAGGGGCCGUCUUUCAGCUUGUAUGGACGACUCACGCCGCUCCAGAGGACUUUCUAUCCCGGCCCGGGUGCUUACACCGUCAUUGGCAAGUCGGAGACUCCAGCUUUCAGCAUAGGACGCAGGCUCAUGCACGCAUCCGGAGAGACGACUCCGGGGCCCGGGCAGUAUGGCCGGCCGAUGAUCAAGUCGGGGGCGCCGAAGUAUAGCAUGGGAGAGAGGCUGGCGAACAGCAAGAGAGAACCGGGACCCGGCCCUGGAGCUUAUCAUAUGGAUCUCAAGAGCGAGCUUCCUUCGUUUAGCCUCGCUGGUCGGCUUCCACUUCUAACGGCGGCUGUGACUCCAGGCCCGGGAGCUUACAACAUCAAGGGCGCUCUGGAGGGUCCUGCCUAUAGCUUGACGAGCCGGGGGCACGAUUUAACUCGGAGUGUAAGUCCAGGUCCAGGAGCUUACGAUCCCAGAGCCGCGAUGGUGCUGAACAAGCCGCCAGCGUUUAGCUUGAGUGGCCGGCUCAAGCACCUCGGGCGCGAGGAGACUCCCGGGCCGGGUGCUUACAACGUCCGGAUCAAACCAGACGGGCCGGCUUACACGAUGAGACCGCGGCUGGAUUUCGAUUACGAGGACGGGGAGGACGAGUGACAAGAGAAGACGGGCCUCUCAGGAACUUGGAAGAAAGGGACUUGGAGAAAGAGUUUGGGAUCGAGGUGGAAGCAAAAGCUUACAGGGGCAUCGAGAACGGAAAUGUUUGAGCAGCAGCAGCUGGCCCCGAGUUUGGAUCGAGCAAAAUGGUGGUGGUGGCUGGUUUUCUCCUGCUUUACUCCAGAACUUCGAUGAUACAUACUUCUCCAAGGACUUUGAUGAUAAGCACUUAAAAAUGCUCCUGGGUGCUUUGCUUUAGUAUCUCAGCAUUAAACUGGAUGGUCAAACGUUCAAACGUAUGACGUGGAAUGACAUGCUGGCGGUCAGCCCCAAGAAAGUAGCAGUUGCCUUGCGGACUUUGAUCACUCUUGGCGAACUCUACAAGGCUGACAUAAAAUGCAUAUGUUUCAAACUCGAAGAACCUGGAGUGAGCAUCAAGGGAUUCUCAUGGACUAAGCACCAAGAGUUUUGAAACAAUGCCUUGACACACUGCAAAUAAGUUGCUGAAGCUAAAAGAACUUCAGCAAGCUGAAGGAUGACCACCUAGGCAAAAUGCCUUCAUCCGGCAUUUGCUGAAACACACCAUCCUCGUAGAUACCUUAUUUAUCUUUAGCUACAGGAUCCAUCAACCCCGAAGAACCUCGACGUCCAAGACUCUUGGGAUCGCUGCUGGGAGGCACGCUGAGCUUGUAAAACGUUGUGCAUGGCCGAAUCGUUGUUGUGGAGACACGAACGUGGCAAUCACGGGUGGCGCUCCAGCUGACGAACGCUUGAGAAGUUUUUGUGCUACGCUGUGAGCUGCCAGAAGAACAUUCCACUUCCCAGGAGUGAUUUUGUGUCGAGAAAACUCCGGGAGCAUCAUCGUCCGGGCUCACAGCAUCGCACGGGCUCGCAACCAUCUUGUUGCGAUCCACGGCAAGGGCCAUAUGCAAAAACUGUCGAACUAGUGUCCAGUGAUGGCGAUGAGGGAAGAGGAUCUCAUCGAUCCUGAACCGGAUUGUAUACCCUUGGUGUCGGUCCCUCCCCAUUCCAGUUGCCACCGACAACGUAUGGCCGACCCUCCGUAGCCGUGGCGUUCCAUUGAUUCGUAAGACGCUCACUGCUUUGCUGUAGAGCUUGCUGCCGAGAGCCUUGCACACGAAUCCCUUGCCGUGGGUUUCCGGCGCAGGAGGCAGAAUCAUCCACGCUUUCUUGGCGCUACUGGGAUUGAACGCCAUGAUCAAAAACUUUUCCCUGAGCAA